AUGGACACUUCCCAGCUGAUCCCGAUCCCCAAACACGGAGACGGGAAAAACCAGUCCAUGCUGCCUCUUCUGCUCAGUUCUGGCGACGGUAAAGAGGUCACUGAAAAAGCCAUGGCUCUGAUAGCGCCCAUGUUAGAAGGAUUCACUCCCAAGACCAGUGCUGAAGAGUCCAAAGAUGGCGUUGCUUCUCAAAUGGCUACGGCGCUGACUUCUCCUAGAAGACUGUCCUUGGCAGCUAUUGGUGAAUCUGUGUCGCUUACUUCAGAUAACUUAUCGUUGAAUAAUGCUAUAGCUCAGCUUCUGCCUGACCAUAGUGAUGCCAAUGGGAACGGUGAUGUUCCUACGAAACCUUAUUCAAGAACAAACUCGGCGUCGUCGUGGGACUUGAAUUUGCCUAAACUUAAUAAGACCGUGCUGAACUCGCUGAAUACACUGAAGAGGUCUGCGUCUAACAAUAAUACCAAUACUAACACUACACCAUCUAAUGUGAACAAGAUUGGUAAGAUUGGUGUGUGUGCUAUGGAUUCGAAAGUCAUGCUGAAACCAUGCAGAAAGAUUUUGAAUAGACUUAUUGAGAACGGUGAGUUUGAAACUAUAGUGUUUGGUGAUAAGGUCAUUUUGGACGAAGCGGUGGAAAAUUGGCCCACUUGCGAUUUCCUCAUUAGUUUCUUCUCCACGGGGUUUCCUCUUGAUAAGGCAAUCAGCUAUGCUAACCUUAGAAAGCCUUACAUCAUCAACGACUUGACUUUGCAGAAGACAUUGUGGGAUAGACGUUUGGUGUUGAACAUUUUAAACCACGCCAAUGUUCCUACACCUGAAAGGCUUGAAAUCAGUAGAGAUGGCGGGCCUAGAAUAGAUAAAAUCUUGGAGGAUAAGCUUGCAGAGGUUGGCAUUCCUCGUGACCAUUUGGAUAGGUUGACUCACCAGGACGAACCAGAAUGGAGUAUGGUCGAUGACGAUACUCUUUGCGUGAAUGGCAAGAGCAUGAAGAAGCCUUAUGUGGAGAAACCUGUUGACGGCGAAGACCACAAUGUUUACAUCUACUACCCCAAAUCCACCGGUGGAGGAGGACGUCGUCUUUUUAGAAAGAUUGGUAACAAGUCGUCUGAGUUUGAUCCUGAAUUGAAUGGCCCUCGUACUGAGGGUUCUUUUAUUUAUGAGAAGUUCAUGGACACUGAUAACUUUGAGGAUGUGAAAGCUUACACUAUUGGACAAGAGUUCUGCCAUGCCGAAACUAGAAAGUCGCCUGUGGUUGAUGGUAUCGUCAGACGUAACACUCACGGUAAAGAGAUUCGUUUUGUUACUGAAUUGAGCGAUGAGGAGAAGACCAUGGCAAGAAAUGUCAGUCGGAUUUUUAAACAGACUAUUUGUGGUUUUGAUUUGUUGCGUGUAAACGGUGAAUCUUAUGUCAUUGACGUUAAUGGGUUCUCCUUUGUCAAGGAUAACAACGACUACUACGAUUCAUGUGCCUCCAUCUUGAGAAACAUGUUCAUCGAGGCUAAGAAGUCCAGAGACUUCAUCAAGAACAGGAUUCCAAAGACCAGUCAAGUCAACCAAUCUGAGUUUGAAGAGAAGCUGCAGAAAUGGGUCUUCAAAGGCAUGGUUUCUGUCAUUAGACACGCCGACAGAACGCCAAAGCAGAAGUUCAAGUACUCUUUCAGAUCACCCCUUUUCAUCUCCUUGCUUAAGGGCCACAAGGAAGAAGUUAUCAUCAGAGCAGUUCCAGAUUUACAGGUUGUUUUGGAAACAGUAAAGAUCGCCGAAGAAAAGGAGCUUGAAGACUUAAAGAAGCUUAAACAGUUAAGAAUGGCCUUGGAGAAGAAGAUGGAGUUCCCAGGCACUAAGAUUCAAUUGAAGCCCUCUUUGAACUCUGAAAACCCAGAUAUCGUUGAAAAGGUCCAGUUUAUCUUGAAAUGGGGUGGUGAGCCAACUCACUCGGCUAGAUUCCAGGCUACUGAUGUCGGUGAGCAAUUGAGACAAAACAUCAAAUUGCUCAACAGGGAAGCUCUCAACGACGUCAAGGUCUACACUUCUUCCGAAAGAAGAGUCAUUGCUAGUGCUCACCUCGCAACCAGCUCGAUGUUGGGUUUGCCUACUUUGCCAGAUGACUUUUUGAUUAUCAGAAAGGAUCUUUUGGAUGACUCCAACGCUGCCAAGGACUUGAUGGAUAAAGUUAAGAAGAAGUUGAAGCCUUUGUUGAGACAAGGCGCUGAGGCACCUCCACAGUUCACCUGGCCACCAAAGAUGCCACAGCCUUUCGUUGUUAUCAAGAGAGUCUGCGAGUUGAUGAAUUACCAUAAAAACAUCAUGGAGUACAAUUUCAAGAACUACGAUGUCAGCAAGUUCCAGGAGAACUGGUGUUGUGGUGAAGAUCCUUACUUGUUUAAGGAAAGAUGGGAUAAGCUUUUCCAGGAGUUUAUCACCGUUGAGAAGACCCAUCCUUCUAAGAUUUCUGAAUUGUACGAUACCAUGAAGUAUGACGCUUUGCACAACCGUCAAUUCUUGGAAAAGAUCUUUGCAUUUGAUCCUAACGACCAGAACUUGCUCAAGGUCUUGGGCGAGACAUGUGGAGAUACCAUCAAGUCUUCUGGUCUUGUUAGCGAGUACCCUAUCAACAUUUUGGCCAUGAACAAUUUCAAGAUUCCUCACGAAGCUAGUUCCAAUGUCAGCUCAGCUUCUGGAUCCACUUCAAACCUUCAGAACAUUACAAACUCCAGCACAGUAUCCGCUGGUUCUCUUGGUUGGGUUUUAAAGGGUGCUACUCCAUCCGUGAAGCAUUCUAACGCAAACAAUGACUCCAACACUCAAGGAAAGUCCAGUUGCAACAGCAGUAUAAGCAGCAGCGGUAAGGCUCCAGAGAACCCAUUUGACCAUCCUACCUUCGCCAGACUCAGAGAAUUAUACAGAUUAUCUAAGGUGUUGUUCGAUUUCAUCUGUCCUCAGGAAUACGGUAUCAAGGAUGAAGAGAAGUUGGAUAUUGGAUUGUUGACUUCUUUACCAUUGGCCAAGCAAAUCUUGUCUGAUAUCAAGGACAUGAAGAAGCAUGAUUCUGCUGCUAUGGUCAACUACUUCACCAAGGAAUCUCAUAUCUACACCUUGCUUAACGUCAUUUACGGUGCCCAGCUUCCUAUGAAGAUCGCCAGAAACGCUUUGCCAGAACUCGAUUACAUGUCACAGAUUGUCUUCGAAAUCUAUGAAUCUGGCGACUCUAACAGUCCAUCCGGUAAGAAGCAUGCUAUCAGAAUGUCGUUAUCUCCAGGUUGUCAUACUCAGGAUCCUUUGGAUGUUCAUUUGGAUGAUGAUCACUACAUUGGCUGUAUUCCAAGAAUCAGUUUAACUAGACAUUUGGAUAUGGACUUGGUUAUCCAGAGAUUGAAGUCUAGAUUCUCAAGAGUCUCGUUGCCUAAGCAGUUCACUCCAGUCAACAUAUCCAGUCCAUUGGUUACUGGUCUUUGA